AUGCCCGGGGUGGACCGAGAGCACUCGGGGCUCCAGGUCAUGGGCCUGGUGGCAAGUGGGGCAGGCAGAACACGAGGGGAUGCCUGGUGUAAACACAGGGAGGCCCCGGGAGGCAGCGAGCAUGACCUCGGGGAGGACAUCUAUGACUGCGUCCCGUGUGAGGACGAGGGGGACGACAUCUAUGAGGACAUUAUCAAGGUGGAGGUACGGCAGCCCAUGAAAAUGGGCAUGUCCGAGGAUGACAAGAGGAAUUGCUGCUUAUUGGAGAUUCAGGAGACCGAGGCCAAGUACUACCGGACCCUGGAGGACAUCGAGAAGAACUACAUGACCCCCCUGAGGCUGGUGCUGAGCCCGGCGGACAUGACAGCCAUCUUCAUCAACCUGGAGGACCUGAUCAAGGUGCAUCACAGCUUUCUGCGGGCCAUCGACGUGUCUAUGAUGGCGGGGGGCAGCACUCUGGCCAAGGUCUUCCUCGAUUUCAAGGAAAGGCUCCUGAUCUACGGGGAAUACUGCAGCCACAUGGAGCACGCUCAGAACACGCUGAACCAGCUCCUCGCCAGCCGGGAAGACUUCAGACAGAAGGUCGAGGAAUGCACGCUGAAGGUCCAGGACGGGAAGUUUAAGCUUCAAGACCUGCUCGUGGUCCCCAUGCAGAGAGUGCUCAAAUACCACCUCCUCCUGAAGGAACUUCUGAGCCAUUCCACCGAUCGGCCCGAGAGACAGCAGCUCAAAGAAGCUCUAGAAGCCAUGCAGGACUUAGCGAUGUACAUAAACGAAGUUAAACGGGACAAGGAGACCCUGAAGAAAAUCAGCGAAUUUCAGAGUUCUAUAGAAAACUUGCAAGUGAAACUGGAGGAGUAUGGGAGGCCGAAGAUCGACGGGGAACUGAAGGUCCGGUCCAUAGUCAACCACACCAAGCAAGAUAGGUACUUGUUCCUGUUUGACAAGGUGGUCAUUGUCUGCAAGAGGAGAGGCUACAGCUACGAGUUGAAGGAGGUCAUCGAGCUGCUCUUCCACAAGAUGACUGACGACCCCAUGAACAACAAGGACGUUAAGAAGUCUCAUGGGAAAAUGGUAAGCACCUGGGUCCUCCUCCUUUGCUUUCCUCCCCUCAGGGCCCAGCCGCCCUGCCCAUCUCCUCCAACAGUGUUCACGCCCCGUGUCAUUGGCACGGCCGUGGCCAGGUACAACUUUGCCGCCCGGGACAUGCGCGAGCUCUCGCUGCGGGAAGGCGACGUGGUGAAGAUCUAUAGCCGCAUUGGCGGGGACCAGGGCUGGUGGAAGGGCGAGGCCAACGGACGGAUCGGCUGGUUUCCUUCAACAUACGUAGAGGAGGAGGGCAUCCAGUGAUGGCAACAACAUGGACAGGACUCGUGGGUUUUCUUGGAAGAGUCCAGCUCUGAAGUCUGUCUCUAGCCCCAUGACACAGAGGGGACAUGCCUGCCAACCUUCCCGUCUUCAACAGCCCACAGGGAUGGGGAGGGUGUUCAGAAUCCUAAAUGCGAACUGGCCCACCAUCCGCCUGCCCUCGGUGGCCUGUCCUGGGUACGCUACUUGUACAUAGAGGCGAGUUGGGCCGGCCCCGCCAUGGCUGCCACCGCCAGAGUGCUGAGGAGGGGGAGCGCCGGUGGUGUUCUGAGCCAGGCUCUGGGUGACAGCUGAGGCCGGAGUUCAUCUUGCCUCUGUCCUGUUGUGACAGCAUUCAGGAGCCUAGGUUUGAACAGCAGGUGCCGUCCCAGGGAGGGCUUGAACAGCAGAGGGGACCCUCCCCCAGCCCCUUCUGCUCAGCCCUGAUGCUCAGCCUGCCUGCUUUCUGCUGCUCCCAGGGGGAAGCUCUGGGCCUAGAGAGUCAGAAGGGACCAGAGCCAGGCCUUUUGCUGCAGCCCCUGCUCAGCCCCAGCUCAGCUCCAGCUGUGCUCGGAUGUAGGAGAAAAGAGCACUGCUAGGGGGUCUGCGCGGGCCCCUUGACCUCCUCAUGGCCCUCUGCACUAGGGAGGUGCAGAGACUGCCCAGGGCAGGUCCCUCUCUCAGGAGGGAGCUUUAGUGAACGAUGAAGUUGCCGACCCUGCUCCCCAGUCAAUGGUACUGUUCUUUGCCCUGAAUCCCAGGCGUGUGUCUGUCCUGUCCUGCUGCCAGGUGGAUACACCUUUUGUAAAUCCUGAUAUGGGUGGGAAGAAAACAGAGUUUUCCCCUCACUCGGGCUCUGCUGCUCACAUUCCCCUCCGGGAGGAGGCCCCCCCCCCAGCGCCCCCCAGCAGGUGGCCCCUCUGGGACUCUUGUGUUCUGCAAGGUGGUUCCUGAGGGUCUUCCCAGCUUUUGCACAGGAUGUUAGUUCUAGCCCUUGGCAAGUCUUCCCCCUGCAGCCCAUGAACUGGGCCCGUGGCCAGCUCGAAAUAAGUGCUCUUGGGGGUGGCCUUACCCCCGAACUCCCCCUCCUGACUCCUCCUGGCCUUUUGAGCUCUGGCUUUCUUGUCCAGACCCUUUUACUCUGCCUGGAUAUUGCAUUAGACCUAGGGAUGUUGUCUCCCUGCAGGCUCUGUGCCACAGAUGCUGGAGAAACCCGGGCUACACGUGUCCCCUGAACCUUGGUCAGCUGCCCUGCCCUGUGCAGGGGGAGGGGACUGGGCAAGGCUGGGCGUGGGGAAGGCUAGCCCCCACUGGGGUGGGUGCUGGUUGCCACUCUGCACUCCUGGGCUUCCUCCGAAAUCAGCCGUGUGGCCUCCGGGCUCGGCUCACAGGCCCCAUGUCCCGGAAUGGGGAGGUGGUGGGGAGCGGGUGGGGACAGUUAGCAGCAAGGGCAAGAGAGAAGGUGGCCUGCAGAGGCUUGAGAAGCCAGGGUGAACAGGAUCGUGUUUGGGGGCAGAGGGGCAGGGGGAGGGAAGGAAAGAGCUGGUCUCGGAGAGAGCAGCCCCCAAUCCCCAUCAUCAGGGUGCACCCAGCACUUUGCGCACAGCCCUGGGCUCAGCCGGCCCAGCCAUGAGCCUGGGGUCGGGGGGAGAACCAGCCAGGCCCUUUCGUGUUUACUGUUGUCAAAAGGGUUUUGUUUUGUUGUUUUGUUUUUGGUUUGGCUUGUUUGUUUUUUAAGGGAAGAAAACAGUUUGUAAUUAUUUCAUCCAAAGCUCUCAUUCUAUAUCUGUGAAUAAUAAGGAAGAUAUUUUAUAAUAGCAAGAAAAUGAUGUAUAUUUGAGGUCAUCAUGAAACAAGUCAUCACGACAACGAGGGAUACUGGGGGAACAGAAGUCGGAACCCUGGUUUUUGUGAAUGUUUUGUUUUGUUCUUGUUUGUUUUGAAACAUGUAUGUGGUUUGGUUUGGUUUUGCACUGCAUGAGGCAGGAGGGGAGGCGGGCCGGGGGCAGGCUGGGAAGCGGGUGGUUUCAGCAGGAGAUGGGAGGCCCUCUCUAGGGGCUUUGGACCUGGGGCCUGAGAUUAGCUGUGAACACUUAGGAGCCCGAUGCAUGCGGGUCAGGGAUCUGGGGGUCCCACAGCUGGUGACGACCCCAAAUGGAACACAAACUGUACAUUUGCCACUAGGUUUUUUCAGACCACAGUUUUUAUUGCAAAUAAACCUAAGUUCUUUUCUGCAGGCA